GUUGAUAUCUCAAGGUUUCCCUUCUCGCCGGCGCAGACUUUUGGAGGACCAAAGCUUUUCCAGAAAGGGGGAUUCCCUCCAUCAAAACCACAGACGGACCAAACGGGGCUAGAGGAGAGUUCUUCAAAGAUGGCACUCCAGUGAGUUCCGACCAGUAUUGUCCAGGAGAUUAACGAUGCUAAUCACUCUUAGGCUGCCUUGUUCCCUUGCGGUGUUUCAAUGGCUGCAACAUGGAAUGUAGACCUGAUUGAAGAAAUUGGAAGCCACCUCGCGGAUGAAACCAAAGCUCGUGGCGCAGACGUCCUCCUUGCCCCAACCGUCUGCAUGCACCGAUCACCACUCGGAGGAAGAAACUUCGAGACUUUCUCGGAAGAUCCAUAUCUUAGUGGAAAGCUAGCCGCUUCCUAUAUCCGUGGGCUUCAGAAUAAGGGCGUUGCAGCGACUAUCAAGCAUUUUGUUGGGAAUGAGCAAGAAACUGAGCGUAAGGCUUAUGAUGCAGUAAUAGCGGAGAGGCCUUUGAGGGAGAUCUAUCUCAAGCCGUUCGAGAUUGCGGUGCGCGAAAGCUCACCUUGGGCAUUGAUGAGUUCGUAUAAUUUGGUGAAUGGGGUCCAUGCGGAUGAGAAUGAGCAUACUAUCAAGGAUGUUUUGCGAGGGGAGUGGCAGUACGACGGACUAGUCAUGUCAGACUGGACAGGAACAUACGCCACAGCUCCCGCGAUCAGCGCUGGCUGCGACGUCGAGAUGCCCGGGCCAGCCAAAUAUCGAGAAACCUCUAAGGUCCUACAAGCCGUAGAGGCGGGUGAGCUAUCGCGAAGCGACAUCGAGCUAGCAGCCGGGAACGUCCUUUAUCUUGUGGACAGGACUAAAGGCUUAGACGGGCCGCUGGAAUCACCGGAACGAUCCAGAGACACGCCGGAAACUCGUCAGCUGAUUCGCCAAGCUGGUGUCGAAGGGCUGACCCUGUUGAAAAAUGAGAAGAGUAUUCUUCCUAUCAAAGGAGCUAAGAAGAUUGCUAUUAUUGGCCCUAAUGCGAAGCGAGCUAUUGCAGGAGGAGGUGGGAGUGCGACUCUCAAACCUUACUAUCUGACCACGCCAUUUGAGGGAAUUAGUUCAGGAACGGAAGCCGAAUUGGUCUUUGCUCAAGGGUGCGAUAGUAGAAAAUGGCUACCGCUCGCAAACGACUACUGCCGUACUUCGGGCGGAGAACCGGGGGUUACGGUGGAGUUCUACUAUAGCGACAGGUUCAAAGGCGAGCCGGCGGAGAUACAGAACCGACCUGGAACUGACCUAUGGAUGUGGGACUCGGCACCUAAGAAGGUCCUGCCGGCUUUCUCUUUCAAGGUAAAGACGACACUCACUCCGGUGAGAAGCGGCUUCCAUGAGUUCAGCUUUUCCAGCGUGGGCCCAGGGCGAAUGCUCUUGAACGGCGAGCUUUUCAUCGACGUCUGGAAUUGGACAGAAGAGGGCGAAGCCAUGUUCUCAGCUUGCAAGGAUGUCAUCAAGUCGACUUUCCUAGAAGAAGGGGUCCCCGUUCAGAUCCUCAUUGAAAGCACGAAUGAAGUCCGGCCGCUGGCGAAGAUGUCGAUUGAGGGAAAGUCGCACGAAUAUGGUGGAUGUCGUAUUGGGUACAGAGACGAAGAGCUGGUUGACCUUGAGGAUGAGGCUGUGAAGGCCGCUCGCGAUGCCGACGUUGCUAUUGUGGUUGUGGGGCUGGACGAAGAGUGGGAGUCGGAAGGCUAUGACAGGCAGACGAUGGACCUCCCGAAGGAUGGCAGCCAGGAUAGACUUAUCGAAGCCGUGCUGGAGGCGAAUCCGAAGACCAUCGUAGUCAACCAGUCAGGAACACCGGUUACGAUGCCAUGGGCCGACAAGGUUCCCGCUAUACUUCAAGCCUGGUACCAAGGACAAGAAGCCGGUAAUGCAUUAGCAGACGUACUUUUCGGCAUUCAAAGCCCCAGUGGGAAGCUUCCCACCACAUUUCCAAAGAGACUCGAGGACAACCCGGCCUACCACAACUGGCCCUGCGAGAAUCUGAAAACAGUGUAUGGCGAAGGCAUCUACAUUGGCUACCGGCACUACGAGAAGUCGAAGGUUGAGCCCCUGUUCCCUUUUGGCCACGGGCUUUCAUACACCACUUUCGAGUACGGAGCGCCGACGAUUAGCGCAAAGGUACUCGCGGAAUCAGACCCUCUCGUCGUCUCGAUUCUAAUCACAAAUAGUGGUCAAGUGGCUGCGCAUGAAAUCGUGCAGGCGUAUAUCAGAGACCCAGAGUCAAACCUUCCGAGACCAGAAAAAGAACUGCAAGCUUUUGCGAAGGUAUUUCUGGAGCCCGGAGAGACGAAGACGGUGGAUUUGAAGUUAGAUAAGCACUCGGUUGGAUACUAUGAUACUUCUUUGGGCCAGAGUGGAGCGUGGGUUGCCGAGGAAGGGACUUUUCAUGUGCUGAUUGGGGCGUCAUCGGCGGAUAUCAGGGCGUCUAUUCGAUUCGAGGUGACGGAGUCGUUUCAGUGGAUUUUCUAGAGUUUUGUUAAUGCGUAGGCUGCUUUGAUAUAUUCCCAACCCCGAAAGAUCGAGGAUUCCAUUGGACUAGCCUAAUUAGUGCUUGGCAAAGGUGUACUCAACCUGAUUUCUAAAUAU